UUCAGGUUUGUCCCUUGUGCCUUCUCCUGUAGGUCUGGCCCAGGGAGAUACAAAUAAGCAACUGAAGAAUGAGGAACUACACAGUAAUAAGAGAGUUUAUCCUCCUAGGACUGUCCGAUGAUCCACACCUUCAGGCUGUCAUCUUCAUCUUUCUGCUCAUCACCUACAUGUUCAGCAUCACUGGGAACCUGACCAUUAUCACCCUGACCCUGCUGGACUCCCACCUCCAGACCCCCAUGUAUUUCUUCCUCAGAAACUUCUCCUUAUUAGAGGUGUCAUUCACAACUGUCACUAUCCCCAGGUUCCUGAGCACCAUUGUUACAGGAGAUAAAACCAUUUCCUUUGAUGACUGUAUGGCUCAGUUAUUUUUUUUCAUUCUCUUGGGAGUCACUGAAUUUUACCUGCUGGCCGCCAUGUCCUAUGACCGCUACGUUGCCAUCUGCAAACCUCUCCAUUACACGACCAUCAUGAACCAGAGAGUCUGCAUACUGCUUGUCUUCUUUUCUUGGCUCAUUUCAUUCUUAAUCAUAUUCCCUGCACUCAUGUUGCUCUUAAACCUUGAUUACUGCAGGUCUAAUAUUAUUGACCAUUUUACCUGUGAUUAUUUCCCUCUGCUACAACUUUCUUGUUCAGACACCAAAUUCCUAGAAAUAAUGGGGUUUUCUUGUGCUGUGUUCACUCUAAUGUUCACUUUGGCACUGAUAUUCCUGUCCUACAUAUAUAUCAUCAGCACAAUUGUGCAGAUUCCUUCUACCAGUCAGAGGACAAAGGCCUUUUCCACAUGUUCAUCCCAUAUGAUUGUCAUCUCCAUCUCUUAUGGCAGCUGCAUCUUUAUGUAUAUUAAACCCUCAGCAAAGGAUAGAGUGUCUUUGAGCAAGGGUGUGGCUGUGCUCAACACCUCAGUAGCCCCAAUGCUGAACCCCUUUAUUUACAGCCUAAGGAAUCAGCAAGUCAAGCGAGCCUUCAUGGACAUCGCGAGGAAGAGUAUUUUUCAGAAGCAAAUGAAAUGAUGUGGUGUAAUGAAUUAGAGACACAUUGCAGGGAAAUUUUAAAAUUUCAAUAGUGUAUUCAAAUCACAAUGGCCU